UACUGGCUUUGGUUCCUGUGCCGUUGUGUACACGUGCUUUGUUUGGGUUUUCUUUCGGGCCCACUGAUCCUUACUUCGUCUCUUUACUCUGUUUCUUCUUUCUUCUUCUUGUAUGUUCUUCGUUUAUGGCAAGCAGUUGAAUGACUCCUCCAUUUGACCAUUCCAUUCGUAAUCGGUGGGGCAAAAAUAGAUCGGAGAGGAAAACGAAGAAAUCGCUAACGCCGUCGUCGUGCGGUUGUGGCUUCUCAACUUUCAUCGACGGCCUGUAACGACCCUCCCUCAUUUAUUCUGUAUCCAAAGGUCUUUGAUUAAUCAGGAGACAAGCAAUGAACGAUUCUUUGUGAUUACUGAUGAAGUUAUCGAUUGAUGCCCUACCCCUCUAAUCAGAUAAGCUUCUAUUCUAGGUUCUUCUUCAGUUUUGAUUCCGAUAAAAAGCAUCCCCUUCAUGGUCUCUGAUUCUGAUCUUUACACACUCUACCACUGUGUAUUCCAUUACAACAAAAUCGAUUGGGUAGGGACAAGCAAAAUCAGCUCAUAAUUUGAAGUCGAUUACUUCUGUCACCGUUGGGGAAGAAAACUGCCAACCACCAUCACCACAAUGAUCUAAUACACAAAUCCUAAAUUUCAAUGAGAUCAACAAAGGGGUUGAUAAGCUUAUUUUCCUACAUCCGCCUUAGCAACUGUUAUUUUAGAGUGGAGGAAGGAGGUGUCAUUGGAGACUUAUCUUCUAAUUAUCUUUGGUGCGUAGACCCUUUGGACGGGGCAAUAGAUUCUGGUCAUGGGUAUCCAAGCUUUGCAGUCUCUGUGAGAGUGCUUUUCAAAGGAAAGCCUGCAACUACUGGUGUGGUAGAGUUUGUUAGGGAUCCCAUGUGUUGGAACACACACACAUUUUCUGCGGUUUCUGGUGUGGAGGUGCCUUUUGUAAUGGGCAAAAAAUUCAUGUUAGGUGACACUGAUAAGGUUGAACGAUCUCUACUGGUGGUUGAGUUUGGAUAUGAACAUGAUGGUCCAUGUGCUGCCAAUAUGAACUUAUUCAAAGAAUUUACUACAUCAGCCGGGGAACAAGAAGAUUAGGUGCAACUGCUGUAGAUAUGUGCCACGUGGCUCUGGGCAUUGUAGAAGAAUAUUGGGAAUAUCGUCUAAAGCCAUAAGAUAUGGUUGCUGGUGUUUUGUUAUCAAGUCCACUACCCCGGAAAUACAUGUAAACUUGAUGCACCAAUAAAGUUCAAAAAUCCGAAUUUGAGGAGGAAAUUAAGAGGGCAUCUUCACCAUAAUGCACCAUGUCCAUCUCCAAGAAGCAACAAUAAUUCAACAAAUGAGGUGUUGACACUUGACAAUAGAGGUUUGAAAUUAAAAAAUUCCUGCGAGAUCGAUUGAAUGCCGGGGCUCAGGGAGUCUGGUUUAUUCACACCGCAAAAGAAAUGCAGCAUUGAGACUGGGAAGGACAAAAAACUUUCAAAAUAUGAUUUUUGGACGAGUUAAGGACUACAUCGAAAUAAAUAAGAACAUACUAUUGAUUCAUUUCUUAUCUGGUUACCAGACUACACAAAAGGUAAUCUAAUGGACAUGUUUUUUUUUAAAGGUAUGGCUUUUAUGGAUCCGUCAAAGUUCUUUUAGAGAACCUAUGGGUUGGGUAAAUAAUGCUGACACUUGACAAUCGAGGUUUGAUUGCUGAUGCUUUCAUAGAGGAGGAUAAGAGGACAAAGGGGUUGUUACCACAUACCAGAAUACAUGCACAGAUUACACAGUACAAAGGAUCGAAGGCUGCAAAAUAUAUUGCUUCAGAUAUAUGAAACCUCAGUUGCUGAAAUGUUACAUCACAAAACCAAUCAGAAGGUAUUUAUAUCUUUUGGCUCUCAUUAAUUUAAAUGUAUCUUGCAAGUUGUACCCAAGCUUUGGACUUCAAAUCAAAAGUAGGGUGUAUGGAUCCAAGUUUGUAAACUUAAAUGUAGUAAACUUAACAAUCCAAGAAAAACAACACACGUAUAAGAAAAAAAUUACUUUAUUCAUUUAUAUA